AAAACCACUGAAGCACGAAACAGGAAGCGGGAAGCUGCUGAUAAACAGAAGUCUUGAAAGCGGUGUGACAUUCGAGCGAGGAUAGCGUUGGAUGUCAUACACUCGCAUGUCAUAUAAUUAGAAGAAUCGUACAGUUAUAAGAGAUGAAGGGCGCGCUGGAGCUGCUGCAGAGGGUGAGCGCGCACCCGGACGCGCGCUGCUGGUACGUCGCGUGGAACCCCGCGGGAACGCUGCUCGCGUCGUGCGGCGGGGACCGCGCCGUUAGAGUUUGGGGGAAAGAAGGGGACAGUUGGGAAUGUAAGUGUGUCCUGGCUGAUGGACACCAGCGUACGGUCAGGAAGGUGGCCUGGUCUCCCUGCGGGAAAUAUCUGGCAUCCGCCAGCUUUGAUGCCACAACGUGCAUCUGGAAGAAGACGAAUGAUGACUUUGAGUCCCUGACAGUGCUAGAAGGUCAUGAGAACGAGGUCAAGUGUGUGGCCUGGGCUCCGUCUGGAAACUUGCUGGCCACCUGCAGCAGAGACAAAAGUGUUUGGAUCUGGGAAGUGGACGAGGAGGAUGAAUAUGAGUGUGUAAGUGUUGUGAAUUCACACACGCAGGACGUGAAGCAUGUGGUCUGGCACCCGACACAGGAGCUUCUCGCAUCAGCCAGUUACGACAACAAAGUGUGCAUUUAUAAAGAGGAGGAUGAUGACUGGGAGUGUAGAGCCACGCUGGAGGGUCACGAGUCCACCGUUUGGAGUCUGGCCUUUGACCCUGAAGGACGGAGAUUGGCGUCGUGUAGCGAUGACCGCACCGUGAAGAUCUGGAAGGAGUCGACGCCUGGAGACGGUUCGUCAGAUGAGUCCUGGAAGUGUGUGUGUACCUUGUCUGGAUUCCAUGGAAGAACGGUAUAUGAUGUCGCAUGGUGUCGUCUGACCGGUGCCCUGGCCACAGCGUGUGGCGACGAUGGAGUUCGCGUCUUCAGAGAAGACCCCACUGCUGACCCAGAGCAGCCCAUCUUCAACAUGUCAGCUCACGUGCCCAAAGCCCACAGUCAGGACGUCAACUGUGUGUCCUGGAACCCGAAGGAGGCGGGCCUGCUGGCCACCUGCAGCGAUAACGGAGAGUUUGCCGUCUGGAAGUACAACUCUGAUUCCUGAGCUGGUGAAUGGCACUCGAACACACAGAAGCACUGAAUGAGUUUCAGCCGCUUAAGCGACAUCGUGGGUCAUAAUGAGGAACGAUGGCUGUUUUUAUUCCGGCUGUGAGUGAGGAAACUGUGUGUUGGAUUGAAAGACAGUACGCUCUUUAACUCGUGUCACUCUCUUUUAGUGUUUUUGAUGGGUCAGUUGUAACUUAUCAGAAUCGUUUUAGGCGGUAUGGAUAUAUUUUAGCUUAAAAUGUGGCUUAAAAUACCUACAGUGCUUUAAUGAAAUAAAGCUUCUUGAUGCUGAAGAUAAAACAAACAGUUUUUUCGGGUUUAUCACGUCCCAGAACCAUCCGUUUAGAUUGAUGUUAAACGCAUUAAAAGGAUGUUUAGUGAACUCAUCUAUAAUAGUUGUUUUAAAGUAACUUUCCAUUUUUAAUAGACCUUUGUCAGGGUAAAUUUUUACUUUUUGACAGCAAAGCAAGCAAGAUUGGGACAGAAGUACAUUGCGUUCAGUGAAUUGAACUGUUUUUUAACAACAUGCUGAUUCUGGGAGAGACGAGUAAACAAAAACUCUAGGACCUUUAUGCGGUGCGUGCCACCAUAAAGACUAAAUCUGUCUUUCACAGCCUCAUUUUCAACUAUUAAAUGAAAUUUGGCCAUGAUACAAUCAUGAUAGAUCUUGAAAAUGACAUAAAAAAGACUGUAAAGUUGUUUUAAAUGCCCAUUUCAGUGUAAUUUCUACUUUUCUAAACUUCUUGUUAUAAGUUACUGAUGAAAUAUUGGAUAUUUCAUAUCCAGUUUUAUUUUAUAUUUUAUAGGCUCUACUUUAUUAAAUGUGGAAUCUUGUGGA